AUGUUAUCAAGCAAAGUGAGCAGCGGAUCACAUGGAGAAGACUCAUCGUACUUUCUUGGGUGGCAAGAAUACGAGAAGAAUCCCUUCCACGAAACCCUUAACCCUAAUGGGAUUGUUCAGAUGGGUCUUGCUGAAAACCAGCUUUCUUUUGACCUAAUAGAGGCUUGGCUUGAAGAGCAUCCAGAAGUCUUGGGUUUGAAGAAAAACGAAGAGUCGGUGUUUAGAAGAUUAGCUCUAUUCCAAGAUUACCAUGGCAUGCCGGAUUUCAAAAACGCGUUGGCAAAAUUCAUGGCAAAAAUCAGAGGGAACAAAAUGAAAUUUGAUACGAGCAAGAUGGUACUCACAGCUGGCUCAACCUCGGCUAAUGAGACUGUAAUGUUCUGCCUUGCAGAUCCAGGAGAUGCCUUUCUUAUCCCUGCACCUUAUUAUCCGGGGUUUGACAGAGAUCUCAAAUGGCGGACAGGAGUAGAGAUUGUUCCUAUUCGCUGUGUAAGCUCAAAUGGGUACAAGAUUACAGAGGUUGCAUUAGAAGAGGCCUACGAAAGAGCUCACAAACUUAAAUUAAACGUUAGAGGAGUACUCAUAACGAACCCUUCAAACCCUCUUGGAACCUCUACCACCCGGGAAGAGCUCGAUCUUCUCCUGACUUUCACUUCGAGCAAGAAUAUCCACAUGGUGAGCGAUGAGAUCUACUCGGGCACAGUUUUUUACUCUCCCGAGUUCACUAGCAUUCUAGAAGUUGCCAAAGACAAGAAUAUGGAUUUGGAUAAAAAAAUUCAUGUUGUUUACAGUUUGUCCAAGGAUCUAGGCCUCCCAGGAUUUCGUGUAGGUUUGAUUUAUUCAGACAAUGAGGAAGUGGUCUCAGCCGCAACCAAAAUGUCAAGCUUUGGACUCAUUUCUUCCCAAACUCAGCAUCUCUUAGCCAAUCUACUGUCUGACGAAAUAUUCACGACCAAUUACUUGGAAAAAAACAGGAAGAGGCUAAGAGAGAGAAGAGACAGACUGGUUAUGGGUCUGAAGAAAGCGGGGAUCGGUUGUUUGAAGAGCAACGCGGGUCUGUUCUGUUGGGUUGACUUAAGACACCUCUUGAAUUCCAACACGUUUGAGUCCGAGCACUCGCUGUGGAAAAAGAUUGUGUGUGAAGUUGGUAUUAACAUCUCUCCAGGCUCAUCAUGUCAUUGCGAUGAGCCUGGUUGGUUCAGAGUUUGUUUUGCCAAUAUGUCAGACCAAGCGCUUGAUGUGGCUAUGGAACGUGUCAAAUUUUUUGUAGAGCCCAUUGCGAUGAGCACUUAUGGUGGUAACCAAAAGAGAACCAUGUGGGAUUCAAGGAGAAGAUCUUUGAUCAAUAAAUGGGUCUCCAAGCUUUCCUCUGGAAAUUAUGAAUCAGAACGUUAA